GAUCAUCGAUUAUCCUCAGUUCGGAGGAUGAACGUCGCGGAUGAGAAAGAAGAAAUUCUCGAUAGUGGACAACGUUGUGAUAUCGAGAUGGAGCAUCAUGCUAAGCGAUUUCUGCUGAUCGGUGAGAUCGCAUCACAUCUUUCGCCUCUGUUGGAUUCUUCGAGCCAUUUUAAACUGAGAUCACGUGGCUAGGAAUCUGAAGAAUCCAGAGAUCUGAAAGAAAUUCUCCAAUUUUAAGAAAUUCUUUUUUUAGGCAAUUUCUCUUCCGAGCCAGUUGUGAAGUUUGUGGAUAUAAGAAAUUCGAAGAGCAGUUGAAGAACGAAACUGACAAGUGAAAUACAAAUUUUC